AUGAAGAAGUCGUCCCCGAAUCGCCACCUCAAAAUCUCAAUCACAAAAAAAAACAAAGGGAAGGGGAAGGCCGUUGAAACCGUAGUCGAAACCAAAGGCAGUUCGAAAGCAAAGCCGGGACCUUGGACAAAACUAGAGGAGGAGGCGCUAGCAAUUGCGUUUGUUAACUCCUCAACUUGCCCGAUUGUCGGGAACAACCAAACGGGUAGUAGUUUUUGGAAGGCGAUAACGGAAAGAUUUAAGGGGAUUAUGAAGCAAGGGCCGAUGCGUGAUCUUGAUUCCGUCUCGGGCAAGUGGCGUAAAAUGAGCAAGGCCAUCAACACCUUUAGCGGGUAUUAUAACCAAAUUUACACUAAUCCUCCUAGUGGGAGUAACGACGAGAACAUUCUCAACCUUGCUUUGGCUAAAUGGGACUCUAAAAAUUCAAUGCCUUUCCAACACCUCCGAGCAUGGAACGUUUUAAAGAAAGAAAACAAAUGA